AUGGCCAUGCGGAACGGCGUCAUGACCGCUGCUGAGGCUCAGGAUGCAAUCGAGCAGCUCGGUGUUGCGUUGAACAAUCCCAAGAUGAUUGAAGAGCCAACAUCGAUGAUUGUUGACUUGGACCUUGCUAUGACAGAUCCACUGGCGGCCCGCGCAGGAACUCUGGCAGAGCAGUUCAAGGAUCUUGCGCUGUUUGACGAGUUCACAACCUCCACAACAGUGGCAAAUGAGCCAACAAAGAUGUGA